AUGGCAGGCGACUCGGUCGACUUGAAGGCGCUGCAGGAGCAGCUGCAGGAGCAGCGCGCCUCUUUGGCAGACAAAAUUAUGGCGCAUCUCCCUCAGCCGGGCGCUACUCCCAGCCCAGCGCCUGUGUCGGAAGGUCGUCGCCCGGCAAAGCUCGGUGUCGGUGCCUCGACGUCCAGCCACGCACCAUCGUUUAGUGUUGCCGACCAGAAGCUGCGCGCCAAGCUCGGCGCUUUUGCCAAAGACAAGAAGCAUGAGCGCGCCACAGUGACAGCAACUGCUGGGGACUCGGGCUCAGAGGAGGAUGAGCGCCCGUCUGUGUCCUCGAAGAAACGCGCUGCCCGACCGCCUGAUGUCUUUGCUGCUGCAGAGGCCAAGAUCCAAGCCGCUCAGGCGCGCAAUGGUGCCACAGAGCCACAUGCACCGCCAGGAAUGAGCAAGGCCCAGCGCAAGAAGUGGAACAAGCGCCAGCGGGUCGCAGCGCAGGCUGCAGAGGAUCCAGCAUCGGCGCCGCCCGCCACGACGGCGGCGCCUGCGUCAACUCUGGCUGCUUCCAAGGCACCUCUCACACAACUGCAGUCUUCUAUGCUCGCAAGUCUGCAGGGGGCUCGGUUUCGAUCGAUCAACGAGCAUUUAUAUACCCACAGCUCUCAGGAUGCACUGGCCAUGAUUCAGAAGGAGCCGCAACUCUUUGACGAGUACCACAGCGGCUUCCGACAGCAGGUCCGCAAGUGGCCCAAGAACCCAGUGGACCGGAUUGCAGAGCUUUUACUCGGCGCGAAAGGCAAGAAGGGAUCGUACGAUGUCCGCGCCGCUAAGAGCCCCGGUGCCCUGAUCGUCGAUAUGGGAGCGGGUGAGGCAGGGCUGGCGCGGACAUUGGCGCCACACGGCUUUCACGUUCUGAGCUACGACCUCGUCGAUACCCCUGACGGCUGGGUGCGGGGUGCCGAUGCCGCCGCGGUCGGCACACUGCCCCUUCCGGGCACCACAGCGCCUCUGGGCCUGGUGUGGACGGACACGGGGCCGUCGCCAGCGAUGGUAGAUGUUGUGGUGUUCUGCCUCAGUCUUAUGGGCACCAACUGGGUCGAUAUGCUCACGGAAGCAUGGCGGAUCCUUCGGCCGCAGGGCGAGCUCAUCGUGGCAGAGGUAACGAGCCGGCUGAGCUCUACAGCUGAUGUACGUCCCUUUACAGAUAUGGUGCGCGCACUCGGGUUUGACCUGGACUGGCAGGACACUACGAACAGCACUUACUUCGCCCUAUUCAAGUUUACGAAGCGCACCGAGUCGCGUACGGCGCAGGCGGCUGCACCACUCGAUCUAUCGGCGCCCGUGCUGGCGUUGGCCCAGUCCGUGCGCACAGACGCGCAGGCCUCUGUGGUGCUCCAGGAGCUUGUGCGCAGGGGCCCUUCGAUUCUCAAGCCCUGCUUGUACAAGCGCCGGUAG